CUGAGAAAGACAUGGCUCCGGUCACCGGAAGUUCGAUUCACCGGUCGGGCUCUCGGCCUCAGUUGGACCUCAGCAAAGCUGCUAUUCAGGGAACUUUUGAAGAGAGGGACCCUACAAUUUUGUUGCCUAAUCAGUCUGAUCACUUGUCUCAUCUGGCUUUGGACAUUGGAGGAUCUCUCAUCAAGUUGGUGUAUUUUUCUAGACACGAAGACCAAUCAAUUGAUGACAAAAGGAAGAAAACUUUGAAGGAGAGACUGGGUAUUUCCAAUGGUAGUCGAAGAAGCUACCCUGUUCUUGGUGGAAGGCUUCAUUUUGUGAAGUUUGAGACGACCAAGAUUAAUGAGUGCUUAGACUUCAUUUAUUCUAAACAACUUCACCGUGGAGGGAUGGAUGUUCGUAUUUGGAAUCCUGAUGCCCCAACCAAUGAAAAUGCUAUAAUUAAGGGUUCCCCAAAGGCUGCAGCCUUUGAGCGUAAGAGUAAUGGCGAAUUGCAUAUGAUUGAUGAUUCAACUCCCGAGGUUUCUCUCACUCUCCCUUACGCCAAUUUCGAUUUUCUUAAUUUCAUAAUGGGUUGUGCUUUUCUCUUGAGCAGUGAUGGUGCAGCUUCAUUGGUGCUAGUGAGUGGGGAAAAUGCACUUGAACUUGGGUUACAUGCUCUUGUUCUUCAUUCCUCUGGAAAACCAACCCCUUUGGUACUGUAUCAUGCUCUUCUGCUGCAAUAUGUGCUAACUCGUGAAGCUUCACAAUAA